UGUUAGCGGAAGUGCUCCGAUGUCACUUCCGUUGCGCGAAAUAGAAACUUUGGCGCCCUGAACCCUUAAACACAGAGGAGAGAGAGCAGAAAGAAAUCGACCCUCAACAUUGAACUAGUCUGAUAUUGUUCAGGGGAAAGUAACGUUAGCUGACGCGGUCAGGGUCAGUCAAAGGUCUCCUGGUUGUGGAGAUGCAGAGUUUAAAGUCGUAUGACGUUAGCACGGUGAGGUUAGCCUGCUGCUGAAAAGACAACAAACAAACAGCUCGUUUGACUGUAAACACACACACCUGUGCCAGGUUUAAUCAGUCACCAUGAACAGGACCAAGCUGAAGAAGACCAAGGCACCAGGAGGGCAGAAAAACAUCUCCUCCUUCUUUUCCUCUCAAAACCGCCCAGAGGACUUGUCAUCUUCCACAAAAUUAUCCAUCACUGGCAAAGCACUCGCCAAGACUGAACUUCACAUCAGAGAUGGGGACACGUCUAAAUUCAGACCCCAUUCCCCCUUAAAGAGAAGUAUUCUUGGGGACCUUGAAAACUUUCUGCCCUCCUCGCCAGAUCUUCUCCUCUCUGUGCCCGAGACCCCCAAGAGUCAGAUUAGAGAUCCAGAUCAGCAGCUGAGCAGAGAGGUCGUGAGCCCAGAGAAAUUUGGCCAGUUGUCUCCCAUCUGUCGUAGUCCCCGAUCCAAAGGGCAGAGUGUACGGAGAGUUAUGACUGGGGAUGGAAGAAGAACCAAGAGGGAAGAGGGAUGCUCUGUCUCCAUAAAAAGACUCAUCAGCCCUCCUCAAGAGUCCCACAAUGUGAAAAGACAGAAAACUGUCAAUCCACUGGUACAGAGAACUGUGCUCAGCCCCACAGGUGGCAACCUGAAUGUUACGAAGCCUGUAAAGAUACCUGAUUUCUCCAGUGAUCAGUCAAAGGAUCACAGCAGAGGCACUGGAGUGGUCUUUAAUGAGAACAAACACAAAAGUGAAACAGACUUCAGUGGGGACCAGGAAAAACAUCAGGAAGAGAAAGAUUCUGCUUUUACUGUGAUAACAGAGCAGAAAGCAGCUGAAGCGAAAGCCAGCGGAAACUCACACACUCAUCUGGAUGAGGAUACUCACACUCUAACUGCUCACGUACACAAGCCUAAUGCACAAAAUGUCACACCUGCAAUGCAGAGAAGUGAAAAGGAUGGUGAGAUCGAACUUAAUGUGAAAGGAGAGAUGAGAACAACAAUGACGCCACCAAAUGGAGACAGGGGCAGUGUGACAUCAUCAGAUCAGGACCGAGCUGGAGGAACGACGUCAGCGUGUGACGUGGAUGAGGGGCUAGACGAGAGCUGGUUUACGGAGCAGAUGGAUGACAAACAUCUCGUCACAGAAGACAAAUUCAAAAAACCCCGCAAGGUGCCAGAACAUGUGAUCCUUUCUGGAGGCCUUAACAACCGCUACUGGGUUUUAGAUGUAGAGGAGAGGCCCGGCCUCAAAACACUGACUAUCUCAUGCUCCAAAUCUCUACAUCCAAUUGAGACAUGUCUGCUGAAAGAUGGAUGGGAGAUGACGCCUGUUUGUCGUGGUGAUGUGGUCCAUCUGGAGGGCCACUCUGAUGGUGGAUCCUGGUUAGUGAACAGGGAGCAGGGUUUCCUGGUUUUACUACCUGAUAGCCUCAUCUCAGGUACGAGCAUCUCUAGCUCCAUCCGCUGUAUGAGGCGAGCUGUACUGGGAGAUAUGUUCAAGAGUUUUGAUGGUGGUUCCAAGCAAAUGCUGAACGGCACCAUGGUCCAUGAAGUCUUUCAGAGAGCAGCCACAGCAAAAGAUUUCUCUUUGGAGACGCUCUCUAAGCUGGCUGACCAGGCCCUGCACAGCCCUCAGUACCUAGGAGACAUGUACAGUUUGGGUGUAACCCAGGAAGAGAUGAAGCAGGAACUGCAUGACUAUCUGCCCUCACUGGAACUUUGGGCAAGGGAAUACCUCAGCUCGCCAACACCAAAAGCCAUCAGCCUCAAAAUCCCUAGCAACAGCAGAGCUCCGAGCCCUGUUGUCACGGUUACAGAGUUGGCAGAUAUAGAAGAAAAUGUGUGGUCACCGAGAUUUGGCCUGAAAGGGAAAAUCGAUGUGACGGCACGUGUUCGAAUCCAAAGACCACGAAAUGGAGGUCACAGAACCCCAGAGGAGCGGACCGUCCCCCUCGAGCUGAAAACUGGAAGGGAGUCAAACUCGAUAGAGCAUCGCAGUCAGGUGAUUCUUUACACUCUGAUGAGCUUGGAGAGAUACAAUCCUGAAGCCGGUUUCCUGCUUUACCUCAAGACUGGCAACAUGCACCCUGUAGUGCCCAGCCACAUGGACCGCAGAGAGCUGCUGAAGCUGAGGAACACCUUGGUUCAUCACAUUCACAACUGUGUGGAGAAAGAGGCGGGGCGGAGCCAUUUGUCUCGACUUCCUGACAUCCUGACAAACAGGCAAACCUGCCAGUAUUGUCCUCAGAAAAGAAACUGUGCUUUAUAUGAGAGAGCAUUGGAUGGCAGCUCUGCAGAGGACUCAGAGGAUGUUGUGCGUGACUUCCUGCAGCAGGAGACGGGUCACCUGACCCCACCACACCUGAGAUAUUUUUCCCAUUGGCUGCUGCUCUGCUGCCUUGAGGCUGCGACCAUGGAGGCCAAGAAUGGCAGAAAGCGUGUGUGGCUUCGGACACCAGAGGAGAGUGAGAAGAAUGGGAGCUGUGUGGGGAAUGUACAGCUCAGUGGCCCAGUCAUGGUACAGUCCGGAGGGGUUUUCCUCCAUCGUUUCCAGCGAAGCAAUGCCGUGCCACAGAAAAGUUUGACCAACAGCGGUUUGGCCAGUGGGGACCGCAUCGUUGUUAGUGACCAGGAAGGUCAUCUGGUUGGUUUGGCAACAGGAUACCUGUGUGAGGUCAGCAGGACAUUGAUCAGUUGCACUCUGGACAGAGACCUGUCUAAGUUCACUGGAGUGUUGUUUCGAUUGGACAGCGAUGAAGGUGUGGUGGGCCUCAGCACUCACCUCACCAAUCUGUCCAAACUGAUGGUGCACUGUCAGGACAGUGAUCGUCUGAGGGAGCUGGUUGUUGACCUUCGUCCCCCAGACUUUAUUUCCAACCUCAGUUCUGUUCUGCCCAGAGAGGCCAAGGACACAGUGGCCAACAUCCUCAAAGGUCUCAACAAACCUCAGAAGCAGGCCAUGAAGAAGGUGUUGUUAUCCAAAGACUACACACUGAUUGUUGGCAUGCCGGGCACAGGCAAAACCACGACCAUCUGCACCCUGGUUCGCAUCCUUCAUGCGUGUGGGUUCAGUGUGUUGCUGACCAGCUACACCCAUUCUGCCGUUGACAACAUCCUGCUGAAGCUAAAGUGUUUCCGGGUUGGGUUUCUGCGCCUUGGGCAGGGGCAGAAGGUUCAUCCAGACAUCCUGCCCUACACAGAGGAAAGCCUGAGGAAGAAGGGAGUUCAUACUCUGUCCGAGCUGGAGCAACUUUACAACAAAGAGUUGGUAGUGGGAACCACCUGUAUGGGCAUCAAGCAUCCCAUUUUUACACGCCGCCGGUUUGAUUUCUGCAUCAUAGACGAAGCUUCACAGAUCAGCCAGCCUAUCUGUCUGGGACCUCUGUUCUAUGCAAAGAGAUUUGUCCUAGUCGGAGAUCACCAACAACUGCCACCAAUAGUACAAAAUCAGGAAGCUAAGUCACUUGGGAUGGAUGAAAGUCUGUUUAAGCGACUGGAGCUUCAUGGUGAUGCAGUGGUCCAACUCAACGUACAGUACCGGAUGAAUAGACAGAUAAUGUCUCUCAGUAAUUCCCUGAUGUACGAGGGCCGGCUGGAGUGUGGCUCAGAGAGGACGGCCACAGCCCUGCUCACCCUGCCCUUCCUGCUUUCUGUCCAGUCAGAGCUCAGCUCCUACUCGAAGACUGAUCCUCAGCAUGACCUGGCUUGGUUACAAGCCACAUUGUUGCCUAGCAACCCUGUGUGCUUCCUAGAUUGCUCAAUGGUGCCAGCACUGGAGUCUGUGGAGCAGGGAGGCAUAAGCAAUCACACAGAGGCGGUUCUCAUACACAAGCUGCUUUCAUUGCUCAUAAAGGCAGGGUGUAAACCCAGUGAUAUUGGUGUUAUCGCACCCUACAGACAGCAGUUAAAGACCAUCUCUGCUCUGCUGCAGUCCUCUGCUUUCACCGGCGUGGAGGUGAACACAGUGGACAGAUACCAAGGAAGGGACAAAAGUCUGAUCAUCCUCUCUUUUGUCAGGAGCACCACAGAGGAAGGAACCUUAGGAGAGCUGUUGAAGGACUGGCGUCGCCUGAAUGUAGCCAUUACCAGGGCUAAACACAAACUGCUGAUGGUGGGCUCUGCCACAACACUACGACGCUACGCACCUGUAGAGAAGCUACUCAACCAUCUCCAGCAAGUGAACAUGAUGAUCCAGCUCCCGCCAGCUGCCCACAACGCCUUACCAAGCAUCUCUCUGUGACGGAGGACUAUGAAGUGUGGUGACGGAGGAUUAUGAAGUGUGGUGACGGAGGACUAUGAAGUGUGGUGACGGAGGACUAUGAAGUGUGGUGAAGGCAGUGGCUGAGGAUCACCCGAACAGGACAGAGAUUGACUGACAAGCUGCAAAAGCACUGAAUGAAGAAGGCCCAGGAGUCUUUGCUGUCCUGUCCAUCACAUAAAUCACUCUAUUUUAAAUGUAUGAUAGUUGAUGUCUAUGCUGUGAGACUGAUCUUAGCUCAAUAAUAUCUCUGUUCACUGUGACAAUAUUUUACUGUUGACUAUUGGUACUUUCACUAAGUGUUUACAGUAAUGUAAAUAUAGAGACCAAACCUUUAUUUAUAGUUUCAAGUCACUCAGCUGCAACAGUCAGAAAAGCUCAGAAAUUGCUGUUUUGUUAAGUGUCUUUAAGAGCAAAAACUAAACCAGUUUUUUUGUGUGUACAGCAGAAUAGAUGAGCAGACCUAAAGCGGUACAGAGACAAAACGAUUAGAAAGGAAAGUACCUGGUAUCAUGAUGACCAGGUCAAAAUCUACGGACAAUUUUGAAAGAUUUUGCUCAAACUAUUUUGCAAAUGUAAUUUAAUGUCAAUGACCUGUGAUAACUUAACUAAUUAUUUUACUGUUAUUUUAUGGUCACUAGACCAAGUGUGAUUCUGCCUUUAAUGUUUUUUUCUUCCAACAUAACCUGAUUUUACUUGAUUUGUUUGUUCAACGUUUUAAUACUGAGAUUUUUGGGUCUGUUUUAUAUGAAUAAAUAAUACAAA